GUAAUGUGCCGUUCUGGCGCAUAGUAUGUAUGAAACAUUACGAUUUGGCGUGUGCGUUCUAUUUUAUUUUAGAUGAGAUUUGACGACCGCUCAAAAUAUCUUCAUGGCUUUUUAUUCGACUUUUCUGUGUACCGUUGUUUUCGGUAUUUCGUAAACAUUGGCAAAACAACGCGAUAAUUCAAUGAAGUGUGCGGAAAACAGUCGUUAUCGCGAGUGAGAAAGGUAUUUCGUGCACAACGGAAGCAGACGGUGGUCAUUUAGUGAGUUUCCGAUGGAGGAGAAGAUGGAAAGUGACCAAAGUUAUAGUGGGGAAAGUAGCAGCUCCUCGGAAAGUUGCAGCGGAAGCGGGAGCGGCAGCUCGGAGCCCGACGAGGAGCUCACGGAGCCCGUGCGUCUGCUAGGCCAAAGCCUCGAGCUGCCACAGGAGCUGUGUGAGAACUAUGGCCUCUUCAAAGAGUUCUUCUCCUAUAAGACUUGGGAGGCCUUAGAAGACACACAUAAGGAACAACUCAUGAAAUACUUGCCUAAAUUUGUGCAUAACGAAGAAGAAGAAAGAGAGAAAACCUUGAAAAUGUUGUUUGAUUAUGAACCAUUUCAUUUCACAUCACCACUAGAAGUGUUUUACAGCAAUUUGAAACAGGGAAACUACCGGCCAGAUAUUGCUAAGAUGAGAAAAUUCCUGAAAAAAGCUAGAGCUAAGCAACAGAAGCACAAGAUAAAAUCCUACUAUGCUAAAUUAAUGCCAGAAGUGUUAAUAUCUCGGGAACGGUUGCUCGCAGCAACAAAAGCUGCCCCUCCCGGUCCCACUCCUCGUCUCCCCCUUCUCCCACCAAAACAUUCCUCUAAAAACAGCUACAAACCUCUGUACUUACGAGCUAGGCAAAGGUAUUUUGAGGAAUUGGCAGCUAUCCGGAGCGAAGUUGGUGGUGAUGAGUCUGAGGAUGAUAACUAUCCUGAGGGACCUCCAGAGCCGGCAAAUAAAAAACGAAAGCACAUGCAUGCGAGCCAGAAUCAGGACAGCAAUGUAUCUGGGACUCUUGGAGGCAUAGAAUCUUCACAUCCCACAUCCCUGGAUUGUCUAAAAAAUGUUCUAGCUGCUCAUAGAGCUCGAAGACAAUAUAGAGAGAACCACCCAGAACUAAAUACAACUGGCUUAAAUUUAGAAGACAUAAAGCAGAGAGUAGCACUUGUGAAUGGUACAAAGAAACUUAUGUUUGGUGGUCAAAAAUCAGAAACACCCGGUCAGAAAGUUAAAAGGGGACCUAAGAAAGAACCAGGUCCAAGACAAGCUAAAUCAGAUGCCAAAGCUAGUAAGAGAAAGGAUGAGGAUCUCGAACAGAAACCUUUGUUACCAAAUAUUAAGAUUAAAUGUGAGCAGGAAGAGUCUGAGUCCGAGACCUCGUUUGCAGAGCCGAAGGCUGCCAAACAUUCUAAAAAAUUAAUUGAUACUGUUGAAAUUAAGCAAGAAAUUGUUGAUCCUAAAUAUGCUGAUACAACAAAUAUAAAUUACAAUGACCCAAAACUGGAGAGUGUCAUCAAGCAAGAGCCCUUAGAUCCUACACUUGCGCUACAGAAUGCUGGUAGGAUAAUUCAACCUGUUCCUAUCAAAUUGGAAGAUCUUGAUGGAAUUGACAUGAUGGCGCUGCCCGUCGAGUUAGCCGACGACGAUCUCCCGUCGAAUAGCGAAGAGGUUGUGGAUACGGAUUCAGCGUUGACGGAGACGACGCAUGCAAACUUCCUGUCGUUAGUGCGAGCGCUGUUCCCAGCGCGAGCGGCGCACAGAGCCAGCAAGCAGCAACUGCAUGCGCGCUGUGCGGCCGUCUGCAGCUCGCCUAUAGCGCCGCUCAACACAUGGUACAGCUUAUCAGACGACUGGUGCGCUGAACUGGACUCCGCGCUUGACUUCCUGGCCGGCGAGAGAGGCCCGCACCCUGACGACUUCGUGCCGUACUUGCAGUAUAUACCGGAGACGCAGAUGUACCAAUGGAUAGGCGCUGGCCGGGACUGCGACGCCAUUUUGGGCCGGCUGUGUGAGCGCUGGUUCCGCGCCGCGUCGCCAGCGCCACCCGCCAACGAACCUCCACCACCUAGGUAUCCUACGUCGUGGGUUGUACGUCCGCUUACUAGUGCGGAAGUAGCAGAUUUCCGGGCCCAAGAGAGGAAGAGAUACGCGGCAUCGGCGAAACCUUUUACUUACGUUCAACACGGGUACCGAGCAGUAGUAGGCCCUUGCGCGCGAUGUGGCGCCGGCGGCGGUGCGGCCAGCGCAUUGUUAGCCGCGUCUCGCCCGCGCCACGCUUCCUUCCUGGCUCUUGUACGCGACGCGGUAGCGCGGCUGCCCAACGGCGAGGGCACCCGACACGACGUGCUGACGCUGCUCAAAAUGUCUCAGUGGAUCUCAGCGUGCAGUGACCAGGCGCUUCUGAGCGCGCUGUCGACUGCAUUAGACAGGCUCCUCUCUGCGAAGCGGGACCCUGUUGUCAAAUACGACCAAAGAACUGCUAUCUGGACAUAUUUACAUAGAAACAGGACAGAGGAGGAUUGGCUAAAGUCAACGGCGAGAGGGCGUCGCGCCGCGGAGAAGCGAGAGCCUGAGCCAGCAACGCCGCCACCUGCGCCGCGAACGACUCCCGCCCAAGCGAAGCCCACCGUAGCGCCACCGAAGCCGUCCCCGCAACAAAAAUCAACACCGAAGGCGGCUCUCAUGGCCCAGUCGGCCAAACAGGCCAGCCUGGUCGCUCAGGCCGUGAAGAGCAACCUCAUAACGCAAGCGGCCAAGCAGGCCAAUCUCAGUCAACACGCGAAGCCCGCCCCGUCCAAGCCUGUCAACGUGGUUAAGGUCCAGAAAGCACCGCAACCCGUGAGCCAGGCGGCCAAGCCGGCCGCGAAGCCGCCGCCGGCCCCCGCGCCUCCUCCCGCCAAGCCGCCCGCGCCCGCGCCACCGCCCCCGCACUCAUCGCCCUCUGCGAUUCAACAGCCGCUCAGACAGAGGACGCUCCUAGUUGAAGCUCCAUCGCAAACUGUAACACAAGGCACAAGAUCGCUGCUCAUAAGGCCGCCGGCAGUUCAGACUACUGUCACUGCUGUUGUUUCUACGCCUAUUUCACAGGUCACUACCCCGACGACGACAAAGAAACGGACUUCCGUGCCAACUACCAGUUCUAUCACGACUAUUGCGCAGAGCUCCCCAGUGACGACGGUAGCCUGUGGCGCGACCGCCGCGGCCGGCACGCGCACCGUGCAGCUGGCCGGCGGCCGCACGCUGCAGCUGGCCGCCCACCAGACCGUGCACCUGCCCGGCGGCCAGCCCGUGCAGCUCGCGGCGCGGGCGCUCCAGCUGACGAGUCUGUUGCCGGCGCGCGCGCCCAAGCCCGUGCCGGCUUCCACCGUGCAGCUCACGGGGCAGACGGUGCACCUGGCCGGCCAGAGCGUGCAGCUCGCGCAACACGCCGUCAAGAGCGUUCAAGUAACCGGCCCAGGCGUACUUCCUACGCAAACGGUGCAAUUACCGAGCGGUCAGACGGUCCAACUCGCAGGCAGAAACCUUCAAACUGUUCAACUAGCCGGUCAGAACGUUCUCACCAGCCAGGCCGUGCAACUGGGUACUCAAACUGUGCAACUAGCUGGUCAGACGCUCCAACUACCGAGCGGUCAAACAGUUCAGCUCUCUGGUCAAACCCUACAACUGCCGAGUGGUCAGACAGUUCAACUGUCCGGUCAGACGUUGCAGCUGGCUAGCGGUCAGACCGUGCAGUUGGCAAGCCAGACGCCGAAGUCAAUGGCUCAGGUGGUGCGCGGUCAGGCAGCUGGCGACAAGUCCACGCAGCCGAUCAGAGCCAAACUGCUCACAAAUGCUCAGGGGCAGAUGAUCUCCCUAGAGAGUAUGGUGGGCGCGCGCAUGAUGGCGCCGCGCGCGCGCGCAGCCGUGCGCGUGCUGGCGCCCGCGCCCGCCGCCGCGCAUGCGCACGCGCACGCGCACGCCGCACCCGCGCGCCUGGCGCGCCCGCUGCUGCUCACCGCCACCAAGCCUCUGCACAACAUCAUACUGCAGCAAAGCGACGGCAGCACUAUUCGGGUAACGUCAAGCGGCACCGCGGGCUCCUCGCAAACUAUAGUUUUAAGCAAUAUAGGUUCUCAAACAGUUACCACGUCCUCUGCUUCGGCUCCGUUACUGAAAUUACAACAGGUCAAUCCGAUACAACAGGUUAAACUUCCACAAGGAAUUAAAAUACAGCAGGCGGGCGCGAACGCGACGGUGGCGACAUCUGGCGCCGUGAACGCGGUGCGGAGCGUGCUCAUGGACGGGCAGCAGCUCAAGCUCGUGGGCGGGAGACAUGUGCUCGCGCGCCUGCUGCGCCCGGCGCACCCGCCGCAGUGAACACCUCUAACUUUCAAGCUAUAGGUUUAAAGUUUAACACAUUCGUGGACACGUAUGCUAUAGCACGCGUAGUCAUUUGUUUACUUUGGUCUAUGACAGAUGACGUCACUAGCCGUGUAAUAGCUGGCAGGAGU